UUUUCUUUGAUUUGGAUCAAUCACUACAGUUGCCAUGGUCACCCCAGAGCAGCAUGAUGGCAGGCAUGAUAACUGGAAACCCAGGACAAUUUGCAAGUUGGAAAAAUGCUGGAUGUUAUACCUUUGUAUGUGCAUCAUACUUCUCAUAGUGGUCAUUCUUGUGAUAGCAGUAUUUUUCAAAUGUCCCAAAACUGUGGAAUGUUCAGGUGAAUGGAUUGGAGUAAGAAGGAAGUGUUUCUAUUUUUCCAGUGAUACCAAAAAUUGGACAGCCAGUGAACAAUUUUGCCUUUCACAGGGAUCAGAACUUGCUCAUAUUGAUACACAAGAAGAUAUGGAGUUUUUGAGGAGACACGCAGGAACUUUUAUGCACUGGAUUGGAUUGAACAGAAAACAAGGAGAACCUUGGAAAUGGACAAAUGGUACCAUAUUCAACCCUUGGUUUGAAAUUAGUGGGAAUGGAUGCUUUGCUUUUCUGAAUGCUGAUGGAGUCCAUAGUUCUAGGGGAUUUAUUGAUAUUAAGUGGAUUUGCAGCAAACCUCAAUUUUAAUUGAGCAAAAAACCUGGAAAAUGACUAUCACACUUCAGAGAUAAAGAAAAGGCCUAGCUCACUGAAGCUCCUUUUUACUUGCUAGAUGGGGGUGCUACCAGUUCAUCAAUCAUUGAAUAAAGCCAACUAGAUCUUCAAAUUUACUUGGUCGAUUUUUGGUUUUUAAUAAUAAAGAAA